CAGCUGCUGAGGUUGGGUGGCGGAAGCUCGCGGCCCAGCGCGCUCCUGGGGCAGCCCCGGCCCGGCCCUGCCCAGCGACCCUAUGCCAGUGGGGCCACUCAGGCUGUUCUGGACAAGUCAGAUUCCGUCUCCUCUGAGACUUCGACCAGUGGAAAACAGGCCAAGGCGGAAUCUAAGUCGUUUGCUGCGGGGAUGUUCAAGGGCCAGCUCACCACAGACCAGGUGUUUCCAUACCCAUCCGUGCUCAAUGAAGAGCAGACCCAGUUUCUCAAAGAGCUGGUGGGACCUGUGUCCCGUUUCUUUGAGGAGGUGAAUGAUCCUGCCAAGAAUGACAUGCUGAAGCAGGUGGAGGAGACCACUAUGCAGGGCCUCAAGGACCUGGGGGCCUUUGGUCUGCAAGUGCCCAGUGAGCUGGGCGGCGUGGGCCUCUGCAACACCCAGUACGCCCGCUUGGUGGAGAUCGUGGGCAUGCACGACCUUGGCGUGGGCAUCACUCUGGGGGCCCAUCAGAGCAUCGGUUUCAAAGGCAUCCUGCUCUUUGGCACGAAGGCUCAGAAAGAAAAAUACCUCCCCAAACUGGCAUCUGGGGAGACUAUAGCUGCUUUCUGUCUAACCGAGCCCUCGAGUGGGUCUGAUGCAGCCUCCAUCCGAAGCUCAGCUGUGCCCAGCCCCUGUGGAAAAUAUUAUACCCUCAAUGGAAGCAAGAUUUGGAUCAGUAAUGGGGGCCUGGCAGAUAUCUUCACAGUCUUUGCCAAGACACCAGUUACAGAUGCAGCCACAGGAGCCGUGAAGGAGAAGAUCACAGCUUUUGUGGUGGAGAAGAGCUUUGGAGGUGUUACCCACGGACCCCCUGAGGAGAAGAUGGGCAUCAAGGCCUCGAACACUGCAGAGGUGUACUUUGAUGGAGUACGGGUGCCGUCAGACAACGUGCUGGGUGAAGUGGGGGGCGGCUUCAAGGUCGCCAUGCACAUUCUUAAUAAUGGAAGGUUUGGCAUGGCUGCAGCCCUUGCAGGCACCAUGAAGGGCAUCAUUGCUAAAGCGGUGGAUCAUGCUGCUAAUCGUACCCAGUUUGGGGAGAAAAUUCACAACUUUGGGAUAAUCCAGGAGAAGCUGGCCCGGAUGGCUAUGCUACAGUAUGUGACUGAGUCCAUGGCUUACAUGGUGAGUGCCAACAUGGACCAAGGAUCCACGGACUUCCAGAUAGAGGCUGCCAUCAGCAAAAUCUUUGGCUCGGAGGCAGCCUGGCAGGUGACAGAUGAAUGCAUCCAAAUCAUGGGAGGCAUGGGCUUCAUGAAGGAGGCUGGGGUAGAGCGCGUGCUCCGAGAUCUUCGCAUCUUCCGGAUCUUUGAGGGGACGAACGACAUUCUCCGGCUGUUUGUGGCUCUGCAGGGCUGUAUGGAUAAAGGAAAGGAACUCUCUAAGCUUGGCAGUGCUCUAAAGAAUCCUUUUGGGAAUGCCGGCCUCCUGCUAGGAGAGGCAGGCAAACAGCUGAAGCGGCGGGCAGGGAUGGGCAGUGGUCUGAGUCUCAGUGGAAUCGUCCAUCCGGAUUUGAGUCGGAGCGGUGAGCUGGCAGUGCAGGCUCUGGAGCAGUUUGCCACCGUGGUGGAGGCUAAACUGAUAAAACACAAGAAGGAGAUUGUCAAUGAACAGUUUCUGCUGCAGCGUCUGGCAGACAGUGCCAUUGACCUCUAUGCCAUGGUGGUGGUUCUGUCCAGGGCCUCAAGAUCCCUGAGUGAGGGCCACCCCACAGCCCAGCAUGAGAAAAUGCUGUGUGACAGCUGGUGUAUUGAGGCUGCAGCCCGGAUCCGGGAGACCAUGGCUGCUCUGCAGUCUGACCCCCAGCAGCAGGAGCUCUUCCGUAACUUCAAAAGCAUCUCCAAGGCCUUGGUGGAGCGGGGUGGCGUGGUCACCAGCAACCCCCUUGGCUUCUGAACACUCGCAGCCAGGGCCUGGCCCGGAAUGUGCCUUCUCUCAAGCCAAAGCCCAGGCCCCUUUCUUGCAGGCCUUGGUUCUGCCUUGAAGGGGCCCUUGCCCCCAGACCGUGCCUGCUCUCACAGGGAGCAGUUACUGCCUCACAAAUAAAGUUCGUAAGGAGUCA